GCAUUAUUUUUGAGAUUUUUUUUUCCAGUUAGACCAGUCAAAAUCAGCAUCAAAUAAUCAAAUUGCAAACAGUUAGAUCUAGUAGAAGAUAUCAUUCACAUAUACCAUAACAAUGUUUAGAAUAAGUUUAUUAAGAUCCAUACAAAGUCAAGGACGUGUGGCUGUGUCCAGAGCUCAUCCAAUUAAAUCUGUGUUUGCUAUAACUCAAACCAGUACUACUACUACUCCAACUUUUAUUCGUCAUUAUUCUGGAUUCCCAGCUUUAACAAGAGAUGUUGCUAAAGAAAGAAUUUUAGAAUUAUUAGAAGGAUAUGAAAAGACUGAUACUUCCAAAGAAAUCAAAGAAGAAUCCUCAUAUAUUCAAGAUUUAGGAUUGGAUUCUUUAGAUGUAGUUGAAGUUGUUAUGGAACUUGAACAUGAAUUUAAUAUUCAAAUACCAGAUAAUGAAGCUGAUAGUUUAAAGACUGUGGGUCAAACCAUUGAUUAUAUUCUUGCUCAAGAAGAUGCCGUUUAAGGUAGUGUAAUCAGUAAUUAUCAUAGAGUUUAAUAAUUGGACAUAUCUUUCGUUAUAUAUAUUUGUAUAAAACAUCAUCAUAACCGCAUACAUACAACCAUCAAAAAAUAUACAAAACAUUGAAUAAUAAUAAUAUGUUAUUAUGUAAUAUAAAGUAAUUGAACUGAAUAAGUAACAUACUAUCGAUAAUAUAAACAACUCUUU